AUGAAUUCUAGAAGAAAGAAGAAUAGAAAAGAGAUUCCUAAAGAGAUCAUUGAAUUGAAAAAGUUUUUGCAUGCAUAUGAGAAACUAUGCAUUUGUUCAAAUUCACAAGUAAAUCCUUGGAUUAAAGAAAAUGCAAAACGUUGCAUUGAAAAGCAUGAAGCACUGACAAAGAUUAUCUUGGAUUUUUCUCAUCUGUCUGAUACACCCCCUGUUCUGUUUGCAACCAUUAUAACCUCAUUGAGACAGACUCGUUACAAAUAUAUCAAACAUAUUUAUGUGUGGAAUUACCCAAUGUCAUAUGAAAAUGUGGCUAUGUUGGCCAAUUAUAUAGAAAAUCCUGCCUAUAAGACUUACACACUUCAUCUUAUGGAUUGUUUGUUGACAUCACAUUUUUUAGAAAGAGUCACUAGAGUAAUCCCAUCAUGUAAAUUUCUAUCUGAUAUCUGCCUUGAUUAUAAUGAGUAA